AUGUCGACAGAUUACAAAUUCCAGGGCUGGCUCGGCCUCGACCCGGACUCAGUCAACGGCAAAAUGGUUUGGAAAGAAUAUGAGCCCAAGCCAUUUGAAGAGAACGACGUAGACAUCAAGAUCACUCAUUGUGGUGUGUGCGGUUCGGACAUCCACGUUCUGCGCUCGGGUUGGGGUCCGUCAGAUUAUCCGCUUUGCGUGGGCCACGAGAUCGUCGGUGAAGCUGUGCGCGUUGGUCCAAAAGUGAAGGACAUCAAGGUCGGCGACAGAGUCGGGGUGGGAGCACAAGCAGGAGCCUGUAUGAACCAGAAUGGCGACUGUGAAUUUUGCGCCGACGGCAUCGAAAACCACUGUCCCAAGGGGAUUCCGACAUACGGUAGCAGAUACCCUGAUGGAAGCAAAGCUUAUGGCGGCUAUGCCGACUACUGGCGUGGAAGUGCCAACUUUGUGUUCAAGAUCCCAGACGAGAUCCCGUCGGAUGAGGCGGCGCCCAUGCUAUGUGGUGGUAUCACCGCUUUCAGUCCCCUAAACCAGUAUGGCGCAGGUCCGGGGAAGAAAGUUGGGAUUAUCGGGAUUGGUGGCCUGGGGCACUUCGGAAUCAUGGGUGCCAAAGCCCUCGGCUGUGAGACGAUCGUGGCCAUCUCGCGGACCUCCGCCAAGAAGGAAGAUGCGUUGAAGAUGGGUGCCACUGACUUCAUCGCCACCGACGAGGACAAAGAUUGGGCCACGAAGCAUGCUGGUACUUUGGACUUGAUCGUGUCAACAGUUUCUUCUCCUAAGAUGCCGCUUCAGCAAUAUCUCCAGCUGUUGAGAUUCAAGGGCGCCCUCGUCCAAGUCGGUGCCCCUGAUGACAUCGUGCCUGGUUUCAACAUGGCUGCCCUCCUCUUGAAGCGGGCCAGCAUUACUGGCAGUUAUAUCGGCGCUCCGGGAGAGAUUAAGAAGAUGCUGGAGAUCUUCGCCAAAAAGGGUGUGCAUACGUGGACCAACAACGUUCCCAUGUCGGCAGCCAACAAGGCUAUCGUUGAUAUGGAGGCUGGCAAGGCCAGAUAUAGGUAUGUUCUCGUUAACGAGAAACACCUGAAAUAG